AAAAAUAUCUGUAAAUUUCUGUCGCUUCCUUCCUCGUUGAGUUUGGACUUUGGACACUAAAAAUAUCCAAAAACGACCACACAUAUCACACCUCAAGCUCAAGGCCUGGCCUUGUUUUUGCUUAUCAACACUAUCAUCUUUGAAAUUGGAACACUGAGUGUCAAUCGCAUUGCCGAUACCAUCUUCGAACUGCGCUUUUACUGGAUGAGAAAAGUAUUUAGGUGAGACUAAGCCCCAUCUGCUCACCUUCAAUCCUGAUUGCUUUCUCAUAGUCAAUUUGACAAGCAGUUAUUGUGCAUAAACCAGCCUGUCUCUGGUUUCUUGAGGUUUUUAUUAUUAUGAUCGUUCUUUAGUUCUGAUAAAGAUUCCAUAGCUGUGUUAAUUAUUUGUUCUUCAAGUAUGUGUUGUAGUAGUGUUAAUUACAGCUACGGUUUCACUCAAGAUAGUAGGUUACCUCUUUUAAACUAUAAUAAUGGGUCAUUAAGAGUUGGGAAAGUUGGAAAUGUGAAAUUCUUGAUAUGUGGCUCUGUGGCAAUUGGGAAGAAACCCGGGAAAAAGCAAGUGAGUUUUUGUGGGGUUGCAAUGAAAAGCAAUAAGGAUUUGGUGGCAGUGAAGAGGAAGCCAAAAAAUGACUUAUCUUCUGUGGAAGUUAUGGCGGCUCUUAACUCGAUUUCAGACCCCAGUGAUGCUUUUUCGUACUUUACUUCAAUUGCUAAGCUUCCCUUUGUUAUUCACAACACUGAAACAUGUAAUCACAUGCUUGAAAUCUUAAGUAUUCAUAGGAGGAUAGAGGAUAUGGCUAUUGUGUUUGACUUGAUGCAAAAGCAAAUCAUAAGGAGGGAUCUGAAUACUUACUUGCCUAUAUUUAAGGGGCUUGAUAUUAGAGGUGGGCUUAGGCAAGCGCCAUUUGCACUUGAAAAGAUGGGAGAUGCUGGCUUUCAUUUGAAUGCUUAUUCAUAUAAUGGGUUCAUCCAUUUGCUACUUCAGUCUGGGUUUUGUACGGAGGCUUUGGAGGUAAAAGGAAGAAUGCUGUCAGAAGGUCUUAUGCCUAGUAUUAAGACUUACUCUGCCCUUAUGGUAGCAAUAGGGAAGAGAAGGGAUAUUGAAACUGUUAUGGGUUUGUUGGAAGAGAUGGAAGGUUUGGGAUUGAAGCCAAAUAUCUACACAUACACCAUAUGCAUUAGAGUUCUUGGCAGAGCAGGGAAAGUUGAUGAGGCAUAUAGGAUUAUGGAGAGGAUGGAAGAUGAUGGUUGCGGGCCUGAUGUCAUCACUUAUACAGUUCUCAUUGAUGCUUUUUGUACUGCAGGGAAGCUUCACAAUGCCUUGGAAUUGUUUGUAAAGAUGAAAGCUAGCAGUCAUAAACCUGAUAGGGUAACCUAUGUUACAAUGUUGGACAGACUUAGUGAUUCUGGUGACUUGGAUAUGGUGAAAGAAUUUUGGAGUGAAAUGGAAGCUGAUGGUUAUGCCCCUGAUGUGGUUACUUUUAGCAUACUUGUCAAUGCUUUAUGCAAAGUUGGGAAUGUUGAUGAAGCAUUUGAUCUGUUAUAUGUCAUGAGAAAGCAAGGGAUCUUGCCCAAUCAUCAUACAUACAACACAUUGAUUGGUGGACUCCUGAGGGUAAAUAGGUUGGAUGAUGCUGUAGACCUCUUCAAUAAUAUGGAAUCACAGGGUUUUGAACCUACUGCUUAUACAUUCGUUCUUUUUAUUGACUACUAUGGAAAGGCUGGUCGCACUGAUAGAGCACUUGAGACCUUUGAGAAGAUGAAAACUAGAGGAAUUGCUCCUACUAUUGUUGCUUGCAAUGCAUCUUUGUAUAGUCUUGCUAAAAAGGGUAGAGUUGGUGAAGCAAAAACUAUUUUUAACGGGCUUAAAAACAGCGGACUUGCUCCAGAUUCACUGACCUAUAACAUGAUGAUGAAGUGCUAUAGCAAGGCAGGGCAAGUGGAUGAAGCCAUUAAGUUAUUGUCAGAGAUGUCAGAAAACCAAUGUAAACCUGAUGUGAUUGUAAUUAAUUCUUUGAUCCACACACUUUACAAGGCUGACCGAGUGGAUGAGGCAUGGCAAAUGUUUUGCAGAUUGAAGGACAUGAAGCUCUCUCCUACAGUUGUGACCUACAACACAUUGAUUGCUGGGUUAGGGAAAAAGGGUCAACUCCAAAAGGCCAUUGAAUUAUUUGAAAGUAUGACUGUGAUUGGGUGCCCACCGAACACAAUAACUUUUAAUACCCUUCUAGAUUGCCUUUGCAAGAAUGAUGAGGUUGACUUGGCAUUGAAAAUGCUGUAUAGGAUGAGCACAAUGAAUUGUGUUCCUGAUAUUCUGACGUUCAACACUAUAAUUCAUGGGUUUAUUAAAGAAAAACAGGUUAAUGAUGCAAUUUGGCUUUUCCAUCAGAUGAAGAAGUGGCUUGCCCCUGAUUCUGUAACUUUAUGCACCCUUCUUCCUGGUGUUGUAAAGAAUGGGCUAAUAGAAGAAGCUUUCAAGAUUACUGAGGACUUUGUUCAUCGGGUGGGAGUUUACAUAGAGAGGCCAUUUUGGGAAGAUUUAGUUCGUGGGAUUCUGAUUCAAGCUGGGACAGAAAAUGCCAUUUUAUUUGGUGAGAGAUUGGUAAGCAGUAAGAUUUGCCACGGUGACCCUAUAUUGAUGCCUAUGAUUAAAUUUUUGUGCAAGCAUAAAAUGGUACUUGCUGCUCAAAAUGUAUUUAUGAAGUUCACCACAGAACUGGGAGUUCACCCAACACUCGAAGCAUACAACUUGUUAAUUGAUGGGUUUCUUGAAGCCCAAAAUCCCGAAAUGGCUUGGAAUCUUUUCCAGGAGAUGAAGAAUGCUGGUUGCGCACCAGAUAUCUUCACCUAUAACUUGUUAUUGGAUGUUCAUGGGAAGUCUGGUAAGAUCAAAGAACUUCUUGAACUGUAUGAAGAGAUGCUUAGUAAUGGAUGCAAGCCCAACACUAUAACUCACAACAUAGCUAUUGCCAGUCUUGUGAAAUCUAAUAGCUUGGACAAGGCUUUGUCUUUAUACUUUGGUCUCAUAAGCGAUGAUUUUUCUCCCACUCCUUGUACCUAUGGUCCCCUCAUAGAUGGACUUCUGAAGUCAGGUAGGCCGGAGGAAGCAAAGAAGUUGUUUGAGGAGAUGCAUGACUAUGGAUGCAGUCCUAAUACUGCUAUUUACAAUAUUCUUAUAAAUGGAUUUGGGAAAACUGGUGAUGUGGAUUAUGCUUGUGAGUUGUUAAAAAUGAUGGUUAGAGAAGGAAUAAGACCAGACGUAAAGUCUUUCACUAGUCUUAUUGGUUGCCUAUGUGUGGCGGGGAGAGUAGAUGAUGCUCUGCACUACUUUGAGGAACUAAAGCUGACUGGGCUAGAUCUCGAUUCGGUUGCUUAUAACCUCAUGAUUGAUGGGCUUGGAAGAUCAAGUAGGAUAGAAGAAGCUCUCUCUCUUUUUGAUGAAAUGAGAAAUAGAGGUAUCAAACCCGAUCUCUACACUUACAAUUCAUUAAUACUCUAUCUUGGAAUCAUUGGAAAGGUAGAGCAAGCAGGAAAGCUGUAUGAAGAGCUACAGGACAUGGGUCUUGAACCAAACGUUUUCACAUAUAAUGCUCUUAUUCGUGGAUACAGCAUGUCAGGAAAUUCUGAUCUUGCCUAUUCGGUCUACAAGAAGAUGAUGGUUGAGGGUUGCAGUCCGAAUACGGGUACAUUUGCUCAGCUUCCUAAUCAAUCCUGACAUUUUUGUGAAUACUCGGCCAAUCAUUCAAUAUAAAAUGUGCUUUUCCCUCUGCUUGGUGUGUACUAGGAAUGCUUUACAACAAGAAUUGAACUUGAUGGCUUUGGUGUCAGUGAAGCAUGUUUGAAUAUGUGGAGAUGACUUCGUUCAUGAUGGUGGCAGAUGUCCAUUGGGAUUGUAUUUUCCGUUUUUGCCAUCAUUGCCAUUUCAGAUUCAGUGACCCUCUUUUUACAAACAUAUUGAGACCAUACUCUAGUUGUCUACUCUAUAAGCCAUUCAAAGUCGCCCUAACUAUGGUUCAUAGAAAACUGUAAAUUCUUAAACCCCAAGGUUCUGCAAUGUAGAAUGCCGAUUGUAUGAGUAAUUAGCAUACGUGUUUAUUUAUAAAAUUUUUAUAUUAGUCUAAUUUUAACAUAAUCUUUGAAA